AUGUUAAAUAAACAAAUACCAAUUAAUUCCAAUGAAUCAAGUCACCCUCUUUAUUAUAAGCGCACUCCAAUUUGUAUUAUUGUUUAUUUUUUUGUGUAUUGUUAUAGUGUAAACACGAAUGGUAUUUUGAAGGUGAUCAAAAAUGACACUCCAAUUAUUAGUUCAGAAAUGAAAAAACCCAACGAGUUAAAUGAUGUAUAUACUUUCAAAUUUACGCAACCAACUUAUACAAACAAGGUAAUUAAUAUGAGUAACUUUAAUUAUGAUGGAAAGUGCAGAGAAAUAUUCAAAUACCAUGCAAACAACAAAAGGGAUUUGUUUAUUGCUGUUGGCUUUUCGGGUUAUAAAAACAAAUAUUGGUUAAAUAACAAGAAAGAAAUAACAACUAUAAUGGCACUGGCAAACGACUCUUUUCCAAAUGCCAAGAGACUUGUUCUUUUACUACCAGGAGAAGAAAACAAAGACUUUGAAAAUAUCACUAAAAGUUAUGAUAAUCAAGAAAAAUAUGAUAGAAUAGUUAUAGCUGAUCACAGGGACGUUUUCAUAUUUGCAGACACAUUUCAAACAUUUUCAUCAGACAAUUUAAUAUUUGAAGCAGAGUGUGGAGUCAAAAAUUUGAAGUGUUUGGAUUUUAAACAAAAACAUUUACACAGGUGGAUGAAAGAAACGUAUGGCAUAAAUGUAGCAGAUCAGUAUAAAAAUAACAGCUCACUCAAUUUAAAUGUCGGUCUAAUGCUUGGGGGAACUGAUAGAAUAAUAAAUUAUUUGAAUCUCAUGGUAGAUAAUUUAAAUAAUACGAAAUGGCAGAUUUGGGGACACGACCAGACAGUACACAAUAUGGUAUAUUAUUCAUAUUAUUACCAAAAAGAAAACGUGACUUUGGAAUUGUGUACACAAAGAAAUUGCUUUGGAGGAUUUGAUUUGGAGUAUGAUGCAGAGAAAAAGAUGUUAAGAAAUAUAACAAGUCAUUGCUCUCCGGUACUAAAACAUAAAGUUGAUCAUAAAGUGUGUUAA